ACAGAAAUAGGGAUGUUGAAGCUCUGCGUACUCUUGGCUGCCGUUUUUCCGGCCCAUGGUACGGUACUUUUUGCCAGCCUGGGCGAGAAUGUCAGCCUCCCGUGCUACUUUGAACCCGGUGCCAAAUAUUUGUGCUGGUACAAGCAGGUUGCAGGCGAUAAACCUCAGGUUGUGUCCUCAUUAUACGUCUUUGCACAAAACUCCCAUAACUACCUGAAAACGACAGAGCAAGUCAAGCGACUGGCGCCUUACUUCGGUAAAGACUUCUUCCAUCUCAACAUUUCCAACGUGCAGCUUUCCGACACUGCCAUGUACUACUGCGGGAACAGCAACCUCAACGUCAUGAGUUUUGACAGUGGAAUCUUUCUGCUCGUGAAAGAGUCCAGCCGCCUGGCCGUCAUCCAGCAACCACCCUCCAUCACAGUGUCCCCCGGGGGCUCGGCCGCCCUGAACUGCAUCAUGCACCCGGGUAGCAACGAAGGCGGCAAUGUUUACUGGUUCUGGAAGGCCUCGAGUAACUCCAACUUAGGGAUGUUGUACAUCCAAUCGCAAAGCAGCGGCGGCUGCGUCGAGACGUCCGAGACAGGAUGCAUUUUCCUGCUGUCCAAGCGGGAGGUCGCUCUCGCCGACGCCGGGACGUAUUACUGCGCCGUGGCCUCUUGCGGAGAGAUCGUCUUCGGGAACGGGACGAAACUAGAUGUCGGAGAUGAAAAGACACACUUUUACAGCGUGCUGGCGCAAUGUCUGCUCGCGUCUCUGCUCGUGUCCGUCAUCGUCAACGUCUUCCUCACGCGUCUCCUUUGCAAAAAGAGCGGACGAGACAACCUUCCCACCGUCGAAAACGACAACCGCGCGUCCUCCCUCAAAAUUUUCAAGCCCAAAAAUGUUUGUCAGCAGAGUGAGGAAGCUUUGCCCUACGUGGCUCUGGACUUCAAGAAGAGACAGUCCAACAGCAGGAGACAGAAGGGCCCCGAGGAUAGCGUUUACUCUGGUCUGCGACUCAAAAACGUGGAGUGAUCCACAACGCCAGUAUUAUUGCUGAAAAUUCCAUUUUAAAAAAAUGAAAUACAUCAAUAAAAAUUUUUUCCA